UUAUCCUGCUGCUUUUCUGGCUGGAAUAAUAGAAUCUAUCUUUUAUUUAUCUCUAAAGAGAGAGAAGGCUAUUCUUCUAAUAAUGUAAGGUUCUUCUGUCAUUGCAUGUGCAGCAAUCACCUCUUCUUGGCACUUCUUAGCCUCUCUUUUAAACUAUGCAUCAUCACAUAACCCUUACCACUUUUUGUAUAUAUAUAUAUAUGCCUUUCAUUUAUCAAUAGUCUUAAAUCUCAUAAAAGAAAACCAGCCACAAUGAGCAGGAGAACUGUACCUUGCAGCCGAUCUUGGUCAAUUAGUGAGGACUCUCUUAAAAGGUAUGUACAGUUUGCAAGUGAAAGUUGCAUACAAGAGUUACUAGCAGCUUCGGACACAAACAGAGGAAACUCAAACAAUGAUGAAUGGAAAGUGCUCACUUUUGAUAAUGGAGUUGAGAUAUCAAAACGAAGGUCAGGUUCAUUUCACACUUUUCGCAGCCGUUGGGUGCUUAGAUCCGUCUCUCCACAACAAUUCAUAACUGUGGCUAAUGCCAUUGAUGCUGCAAAGCAAUGGGACUCUGAUUUGGUGGAAGCAAGGUACAUAAAAGAAAUUGAAGACAACCUAAGCAUAAUUCGCCUUAGGUUUGGAGAUAACUCUAAGCCUCUCUUUAGGAAUAGAGAAUUCAUUGUCUAUGAGCGCCGUCAAACCAUGGAAGAUGGCACUGUGGUUGUAGCAGUUGCUUCACUGCCAAAGGAAAUAGCUGCUGGGUUACAUCCGAAGCAAAAUAAUUCAAUCAGAGGACUAUUGUUACAAUCAGGAUGGGUAGUUGAGAAGCUGGAAGAUAAUUCAUGUGCUGUUACUUAUGUUGUUCAGUUAGAUCCUGCAGGGUGGUUGCCCAAGUGCUUUGUCAAUCGAUUUAACACAAAACUCGUUAUGAUCAUUGAAAACCUUAGAAAAUUAGCCCAAGCAUGUCCAAAUGAAGCUGAAAAUUUACCACUUUGUAAAGUUGCAGGAGUCAGAAAGGAUCAGUGUAACCAAGCACUCUCAAAUUAAUGUGAUAUAUUAUUUGCUUACUAUCAUAGAUUAUAGGUAAUAAAUAGAACGAAAUGAAUCAUUUGAGCCAAAUGCCAAUAUUAGCAUUGCAAUACAAUGAAGCUGAAAGUCUUUGGUGUCUCUUUCAAUUUCUCAUGGUAUCAAACGCUUUGAAUCUUGAGCAAGAAAAUAAAGAAGGGGAUAAUUCAAGUAUGGUAUAUGAAAAAAAGAAAAAUUAUUUAAAGGCGGAGCCAAGCCCUUGAUUUCAAGCUUGCCAAGAAAAAAUAUGCUUCAACUCUCAACAAAUUAAAAUGACAAACCAAUACACUACAACACCAAGAAAUUCCUCCAAUGCUCACACUUUCAUUUGGCAUGUCAUGUCCUAAAAAAUUAGCAUAUAAAAAAAAACCAUCGUCAAUUUCAGCUACUAAGUCUUACCAGUAAUAUAAUACUACUAUUAUCAAAGCAAUUUGUUUUUAGAAUAUCAUAUUCAAUAUCCAACAGGACCCAGAACAUGUUACAUAAAUAAUACCUGCAUUUGAUUGCAUGUAGAUGAAAUGAAAAAUAAACACAACAGCAUGAUUAUCAUUA